AUGGCUCUUUUGAUCUCACUUCCUGGAGGGACUCUGGCCAUGGCUCAGAUCCUGCUUCUUCUGCUGUCAGCAGCAUGUCUGCUCACUGUAAACUCAGCAGGAUACAGCAGAAAAAAUGACUACAGGGUCAGUCAACCAGCUCUCCUCUCUGGAGUCCAGGGCAGCUCCAUCAAGAUCCCCUUCUCCUUCUACUUCCCCGGGGAGGAUGUCAAGAAUCCACAGAUGAGGAUAUUUUGGAAAUGGAAGCACUUCCAUGAGGAGUUCAUCUACAACUCCAUCCCGCCUUUCAUACAUGAGCACUUCAAGGACCGGCUCAUCCUGAACUGGACACAGGGUCAGACAUCCGGAGUCCUCAGAAUCCUGAACUUGAAGGAGACUGACCAGGGUACAUACUUCUGUAAUGUCUGGCUGAGCACAAUAGAAGGCAUGAGGAAAUGGCAGUCGAUACCUGGGACCCAACUCACAAUCAUUAAUGCACUCAGCACCACCAUGAGGAGCCCCUCCAUCAUCACCUUUGCAGUCACCACAGCUGGCCUGGAGGACACAGGGGGCCAGAGGGAUCCUUUACUGCUGAUCCUGGGAGUCAUGGUCAUAAUGGUCAUAGCCAAGGCUGUAGCCAUGAUCCCCCUCUAUGGAUUCAUGAUCUUCCUGUGCUGGAAGCAAAGGUAA